AUGGGGAACGAAGAGUCAACUGUAUCGGACCAGUCCACUCGGCCUUCUGUGCUGGAGGCGCGCAGCAUGGAGGCGGUGGCCAAAUACAUCAAGCAGAAUGAUGUGAAACGAAUCGUUUUAAUGGUGGGAGCCGGAAUCAGCACAUCAGCAGGAAUCCCCGAUUUCCGAUCUCCAGAUACAGGUCUCUACGCCAAUUUGGCAUUUUUGGACCUGGAGGAGCCGGAGGAUGUAUUCGACAUUGAAUUCUUCCGCGAGAACCCCAAGCCGUUCUACGCGUUGGCACAUGAGCUGUACCCCGGCAAAUUUCGACCCACCAUCGCCCAUUCAUUCAUCAAAUUGCUCUACGACAAGGGCAUGCUGUUGAAGCAUUUUACGCAGAAUAUCGACUGCCUCGAGCGACAAGCCGGGGUUCCUGGGGAGAUGAUCGUCGAGGCCCAUGGCAGUUUUGCCUCGCAGCGCUGUAUUGAGUGCAAGACGCCGUAUCCAGACGAGGAGAUGCACCAGAUGGUGGAAAAGGGAGAAGUCCCUCGUUGCGGAUGUGGUGGUUACGUCAAGCCUGAUAUUGUCUUCUUCGGUGAGGCUCUUCCGUCAUCAUUCUUUGACAAUCGCUCGCUGCCGGCAGCGGCGGAUUUGUGCAUCGUGAUGGGGACGAGUUUAUCGGUCCAACCGUUUGCCAGCCUCCCCUCGCUGGUUAGUGAGGGGGUGCCUCGUGUUUUGAUUAAUAUGCAACGAGUGGGUGGAAUUGGAUCGCGACCUGACGAUGUUCUUCUACUGGGCGAUUGUGAUGCUGGAGUGCGCAAGUUUGCCAAGGCGAUGGGAUGGGAGCAAGAAUUGGAAGCGCUUUGGGGGGGAACUGAGCCCGAGGCUAAGAUCCAGACCCAGUCGGAGGAGAAUGCGCCGCAGGACCGGGACGAACGUCUGCGGGAGGAAGUGGAUCGCCUGACAUCAGAAGUUGACCGCUCGCUACAUUUGACAGAUGCUUACGAGCAGCGUGUUCGAGAGAAGCUAGACAAAAGCAAUGGCAAUAGUGGCAGCAGGAGCAGCCACCAAAGUAACCAACAUGGCGGAGAGACAGAAUGCGAGACUGUGAGUGGUCUCAGUCAUGUAUUUCCACACUUGGCGCACCAGGCGCGUUAG